AUGAACACCCCACCACGACGCAAACAGACUCUUCACUACAAAUACCUUUGUUUACCUCCUCUUACACCAAACCAACACACACCAACUCUUUUCCAUACCCUUUUCCAUACCCUUUUACAAUACACAACAUACUCACACUUCACAAUGGCUUCUACUGUCCACGUUGAGAACAUCAGCACGAAGACGAGCGAGGACGAGAUCAAGUCCUUCUUCAGCUUCUGCGGAAAGAUCCAGGACAUUUCGGUCAAGUCUACCGGUAACGACACACAGUCCGCAUCUGUCACCUUCGAGAAGGCUGCGGCCGCUAAGACUGCGCUGCUCCUCGACAGCACACAGCUAGGCCCUAACUCAGUCCACGUCAAGUCUGCACAGUCUGGCGGUGAGUCAGCGACCGAGAAGAGCGCCAACGAUGAAGCCCACGACAGCGACCAUAUCGCACAAGAGCAGAAGCCCCGUGCUCGUAUCAUUGCUGAGUACCUCGCUCACGGCUACGUCAUCUCCGACAAGGCCAUCGAGAGCGCUCUUGCUGCCGACAAGCAGCACGGCUACAGCUCAAAGUUUCUCCAGACUCUCCAGAACCUAGACUCUAAGACACAAGCUUCGCAGAAGGCGCAGGUUGUCGACCAGAAGCUCGGUCUGUCCAACAAGGCCCUGGGUGCUUGGGCUGGUCUCACCAGCUACUUCGACAAGGCUCAAGGCACACCCACCGGCCAGAAGCUCAGGGCUUUCUACGACCAGGGCAACAAGACCGUCAUGGAUGUGCACAACGAGGCCCGUCACCUGGCUGACCUGAAGAAGGGCCAGAGCGGCAGCGGCAGCAAGCCUACCAAAGAAGAGGCGGACGUCCAUGGUGUCGGCGAUGGCAAGACCCAGUGCAACUGUGGCUCCGUGUCUGGCAAGUGCCCUUGCCCUGAGGGACAGUGUGCUUGCUCGGGGUGUGCCAAGGCUGAGAAUGGCGGCAAGCCUAGCGUAGAGGAGGCGAACGUUCACGAGGUCGGCGACGGUAAGACUCAGUGCAACUGCGGUUCCGUGUCCGGCAAGUGCCCUUGCCCCGAGGGUCAGUGUGCUUGCUCAGGCUGCGCGAAGGACACAACCAAGAGCGAGAAGAGCGGACAGGCUGGUGAUGCCAGCUACGCUGCUGUUGCCGACCCCAAGCAGUAG